GGCGAGCUGCUGCCAGGUGAACGGCAUUGACUCCAAUCAGCAGCAGAGCUGCAGGACUUCAAGCACACAGGCAGAAAAACAAGCCCCACCAAUUCUCAGCUUUGCCUUUGGGGAUCAUUCGAACCUGGAUGGAAACUGGGAAUCAUGUUAGGCCCCCGGGAGCUCCGUUCGAGAUUCUUUGUGCUGAUCUGUGCAGCUGUGCUGUCGUUCAUGGUGUGUUCACAUGCUGUGGGAGCCGGUGUUGUGAGACGACUCCAAACUCCUCACAGCCAACACCCCCCCCUCUCACGGGGUCUGCCGUCCACAGAUGGUGGUCCUGGGACCCUGUCAAUCCCUAACUAUCAGUCACAACCUGCGCAGCACAUAGAAGGGGGCUUUAGUCUAAGCAACAGAAGCAACAGGUACCCUCGAGUGAAGAUAACCAAACUGCAAAGAGGAGGAGAGAGACCAGCAAGCAGUCCUUCCACAGGUCCCUCUAUUCCUGGGGGGCAAAGCCUCCAGAGAUGGCAGGCCAGAAAUAAUGACCAAACUCUUCCUGAGAAAGCAGGAAACCCGGGAACCUCUCAAAUUUCUUAUUUUGCUGUCAGUAGAAAUUCAAUCAACACAGAAGACGUGAAGGCAAGAGGGUCUUCAAAGGUGGACGAUGGUAAAUCUCUGGGGAAAUCCUUGUAUUCCUAUAAUCUUUCACCCCAGACCAGCAGACAUUGGAGCGCUCCGCCUUUGGAGCGUCUCAGGGGCUUUGGGGAGGCGAAUGAACUCCCUGUGGUCGACACACCAGCGCCGUCCAGUGGGGCUCAGACCAGCAGAGCGGCCGGCUUCACGGGGCGACCGGGCCCUCGGGAAGCACCGCCCGGCAACAGCCUGAGCGGCAGUCCGAUCCGACGGGACCCGGGCCGAGAAAGGCCGGCCUCAUCCGUCACUGGUUUCCCCCAGAGGCCGAACCCUGCAAGCAGCGGAGGGACGCAGAAAGUGCGGUCGUACCUCUUUAAAGACGCCCCCGUUCAGCCCAGAGCCUCGACGAAUGACGGCCGAGAGUCUAUCAGUCGGCCAGGCAACGUUUCCGCACAUUGGCAAGUCCCAUCUGGAGCCCAAGGCCACGGCAAAAUUAGUUCUACUUUUAAAAUUUUCAACAAAAUGGGUCCAAACAAUCCGGAUACCAUGGCUCAGGUCGUUGCUCCAAAACUAAGUUAUACCCAACUUCAGUCCAGCACCAAACCCAGCUUUUACGGCUCUGCGCGGUCUCCUUCUCUGCGUCCUCCUCCAGGGCACAGUCGGCAUUGGAAAAGUUUGACCCCUUCUCCUCGUGGACUAACCCAGGAUGGCCGGGAACCCAUCAGGGGGAAAAUUGCUCCACUGGACCAGGUCAAUGCCACAAGAGAACUCACACGUGACUAUCAACCAGGGCGCUUCAUGAAGGGCGGCUAUCGCCUCAGAGGGUUUGUAAAUCCUCUGUUGCAACCCUUGAAGGAGCCUCCAGUCCUUUAUCUCCCAGAAACAGCAAACUCUCAACAGUCCACCCUCAAUAAAGAGCCCCACUUCUCAGAAGCCCACUCAAAAGUGUUCAAAAGCGCAAACGCGAACCAAUAUGUGUCACGAAAGUACAGCUUCGGCCAGAGACGAGCCUCCACCACUACCACUCGAGCCCCGGCAGGAGUUGGGAAUAUAAACAGCUCUUCACCAACUCCUGCAAACGUGGAGGUAGUGGCGCCGACCGUUUCCACUCCCACGCUGUCCACGACGGGCUUUAAGCUCAUCCGGCGUUUACUGCCUGAAAGCGAAGCACCGGGGGGCAGGAACACCACCCGGACUAGAGCCGGGCUCCACGGGGGCGCGUUUGAUGUGGAAGGAUCUGGCACUCGCCCACUGGAGGGAGCCAAAGCCUUAACUCACCCACCAGAUGCAACUGCGAAACAACCCAGACGGGGUUUGGAGGGUUAUAAGCUCCAGGGCUUGAAAAGCUGGCGGCGGAAUCGCAUCAGGAUUCACAGACGGUACAACGGGACCGCCAAACUGUCAGGACGAUCAAACGGUAGCGACGCCGCAGUGGGCCCGAACGAGGCCAACUUUUCUCAGGGAUUUCAGACUUUUACAAACGGAACUGCGGCCAGUAAGGAACCCAAUCCGGCCAUGGGCUCUGGCCUGGCGCCCGUAUCACACCUGAGGUCUGCGGGGCGCCUCAAAGGGGCCCCCAGAGUGAGGGGGGCCAACAGGAAAAGGAGCAGACCCGCUUCAGAGAGGAGGGUCCUGCUCCAAACCCCCACCAGCACCGCAGUGAGGGGCCGGCGCGUCCGGCCCAAACUGGGCCGAGGGAAGAGGCCCAAAGGGCCCGCUCCCCCCGGGGCCCACAGCCCCCCCAUAGUCCGGCUGCCCACGCGCUCGGAGAGGCUCAGAGCCAUCACCUACGCCGACAUCCUGGGAAGUGCCUCGUUCAUCAGCGUCCAGGCCGCCAACCAGAGGUCAGCACCCCCGAAUGAUGAGGUCCGGACUCCAAACGCAACAACACCAACAGGAGAGUGGACCUUGGAUCCGGAGGAAGGAAGUAACGUAACCACGAGUCCCGGAGAUCAUUCAGACCAGAAGGAGGAUUUGAAAAGAGCUGAAGGAGACGAUGACGAGAUGACCCCAGAUUUUUAUGUCGAUCGAAAGGGAAGUGGAGGUUUCAAUCAGUCCGAGGUUUCAUUGUCUUUCACAGGACGUCAGGCAGAAGGGACGGACUUGUCCGAACUGGAUUACCUCCGAAUAUCUACAGGAGACCUCUCGUUCAGCUCAACAGGGGGCUCCCGUCCGGGGGAGCGAUAGAAGCCCGUCAGGGUCCCAGAGCUGGAGCCGCUCCAAUAAAAGCUGCAAAAGCACCUGUGUUGUUUUUAUUUGUCAAACAAAACGGUCGAAUUAGACGUGUUUGUUUGGAACUAGAGAAAUAUUUUAGGGUUAGAUUAAUUAUUUUUUUAGCUGACGUUGGACUCACUGGGAUGGUCCGUUAUGUCAGAGCCCUUCUGGGAGCUGGUUCUGAGCAUGGAGGGUCCGAAAAGGAGUUCCACUUUAAGCUUUUGUGCGAAUGAGAUAUUUUGCGUGUUAAAAUGUGAGCCGAGUGUCACUGAUCACAAUUCCUUCCUUUAGCAAGGAGGCGAAUUUCCCAAACUUUUCUUAUCAUAUUGUUCUGACAGCUGCAUUUGUCUGUGGAUCCAGAUGUGC